AUGAAAACGAGACAGCUGUACGGAGAGGACAUGGUCUACAUACUUGACGCCAAAUCAGUCGGAAACCUGGGCCGAUACUUCAACCACAGUUGCAGUCCGAAUAUUUUUGUACAGAAUGUAUUCUACGAUACUCACGACCUCAGAUUUCCUUGGGUGGCAUUUUUUGCUUUCAAGUUAAUAAAGGCGGGCACGGAGUUAACAUGGAAUUACAACUACGAAGUUGGAAGCGUGCCAGGAAAGAAGCUGCCCUGUUAUUGUGGAUCUACCGAAUGUAACGGCCGAUUACUCUAA